CUUGACGCCACCCGGUCCCCCUCCGAUCAGGUGAUCGGUAUUGAAGUACAGCUCCGGGAGGAGAUAGCCUUCGCAUUCUGGUCAUGAUUUGAAUAUGCUACUGAUGUCGGACUGAUAUCAUCUGCUACCGAUGGGUCCAUCGGGGAUGGAGUGCUGAUCUCCGUAUCCCGUGAGGAGGUCAUUGCGACGAUGGCUAUUUAGAAGAGAAGCAGUCCCUGCUAUAGGAACUCCCAUAGAUCAGUUGCCAGAUUCACAAACCUCAAAAAGCCUAGUUCUCUUUUCACUCUUCACAACAAACAACGAGGCUGGCCUUGCAUUCACAAUGUCCUUUUUGAGGAACUUCUUUGGUACGUCCUCUGCCAAGGACGUCGACGAUAAGCAGCCCGUGCGUGCUUUACCGGCUUCCUGGUACACCUCCCAUGCCUUCUACGAGCUUGAACGACGAUCGAUCUUCUCUCGGAAAUGGCUUCUCACAACUCACAAGCAUCGUGUCCCCAAUGUCGGUGACUGGGUGCCUUACGACGUCGCUGGCUAUCAAUUCGUGAUUUAUAGAGACCAUCGAGGUAGCCUCAGCGCUUUCCACAAAGACAACUACCUCCCAGUCCAUCUCCAUAUUGACCGAAACGGCUUUAUCUGGGUCAAUUUGGAUGCUGGAGACGUGCCCGAAGUGGCUUGGAAGGAUGACUUUGACGGCGUUGACGAACAACCUCGCUUCGAUCACUACAACUUCGAAGACUAUGUCUUUGACCACACUUGGGACAUGGAGGGCGACUUCAACUGGAAGAUUCUUGCCGAUAAUUACAAUGAGUGUUACCACUGCCGAGUCGCCCAUCCUGACAUCCCAACCAUCGCCGACCUCAACUCCUACUAUGUGAACACCAAGGAUGGCCACAUCCAACACUUUGGCGCCCAGCGACCUGAACAAGUUGAAAAGGGGUUCCGGAUAGCCACCACGUAUUUCUGGCCUAACGCGUCCUUCAAUAUCUCACCCAAUUUCUUCUUCAUGCAGCGGUUCACCCCAGUCAGCCCGACCAAGUCGGUCAUGCGUUACGAGGUCUAUCGCCACAAAAACGCCACGGACGAAGACUUCACCUUGAUUAGUGACAUGUAUAAGCGUAUCAUGUCCGAGGACAAGGUCCUUUGUGUCAACACCCAGAAGAACCUCAACGCGGGGGUCUUCGUCAACGGCGAGCUCCACCCUGAGAUGGAGAAGGGACCUCUUCAUUUCCAGAAGACCGUGCGCGAGGUCGUCACGGCACAUCACCAGAAGGAGGAGGUUGCUGGACACGAAAUCUGGCCUGCCCACGUGAAUGUCCCAGAGGUAGCCACUGAUACUGGAGCUACCCGGAGUCUCUAUACUGCUAUGGAUGGCUGUAGCAGAGAGGACGAUGUGCCUGGCGAAGCUCUGCACGGCAGUCUUCCUCCCGCGGUUGCUGUCUAGAUUUCUGUCCGGGUUUUUGUCUAUGAGAUUUAUAUGGAGAAGGAUGACUGUGCGAGCCAGACGAAUCGUCAUGAAAUGGUAUGAUCAGUCAUAACUAUUGGCUUGAUUGUUGCCCGAGAAUGACUCCGCUUGGCGCUGCACUUGGUGCACUUGCUGCAGUUGGUAUA